GACAGCUUGGGUGAGACGGGAAGUAACUAGAUCUGGUUCUGCCUGCAGCAGCCUAAAGGCAAGGAUGUGGUGACUGGCAGAGGUUUGUGGAUACCCCCUGGCUGGGCUUCAUGGAGAAAUCUUCACUGAUCACCAACCUAAACGCCAGAACAGACCCCAUCUUUUCACAGACAGAAUGAGAGGUCUUCUGUAACCAGGCAUAACUGGCCAUCAUGGGGAAAUUGACCAGAAUGGGAACACGGGAGAGGCGGUUACUCUGGCCAAAACGGCUUCAUUGGAGUCGCCUCCUCUUCCUGUUGGGAACGUUGAUCAUCGGUUCCACCUACCAGCACCUGAGGAGCCCCCGGGGCUUCCCCUCAUUGUGGGCAGCAGUGUCCUCAAACCCUGUAAAACUGGCCAGCCGUGACCUCUCUAACAAUGAUAUGAUGAUGGUGAGCAAUGACCCUCUAAGAGCUAGCUCUGAAAUGGAGGGUGACACACUGGUGCCCCAAGCUACAGUUGGCAGGGGUGAAGCAACACCUGGCAUAACAAUGGAGAAUACCCCCAAUCCACCCAGAAGGAUAGCCAACAUCACUCCAGCAACACCCAAGAAUAACUAUAACCUAACAGCAGCAGACACAGAAAGAAUGGAGGAAGACACCACAACCAUAACCACACUCAGCAGAGUACUGAAUCACUACACCCCAACUUCAAGCAGACCAACAGUAAAGAAUCAUACCUCAGCAACACCACCCAGCAGAGAAAUGCAGAGCUACCACCCAACUCAGGCUGGGAGAAAGGUGAAGAAAUACACCCCAUCUCCACUUGGUAGAAUAGUAGGCAAUUAUGCCCCAUUCACACUCAUGACAAUGACAAAGAGCCAUGGGAUCACCCCCAGAACAACAGUGAAAGACAGUGAAACUAUGACAACCACCAAAAUAUUGAAGACCAACCCUACUAAGAGAAUGGUGGAGGAAACCACCCCAACUACUCUCAAGAGAAUAAUUCAUACAACCCCAACUUUCCUGGUAAAUGACAUAGAAACAAACAUCUUGACUUCUCCAAGGAGUAUGAUAGAAGAGAACACCCUGACUACCACCAGAAGAGUGGACAAUAAUAGAUCAACCAAGCCCCGGGGGUUAGUGAGAAAGAACAAGCUGACAGUUCCUCUGGAAACGGUCCUGGAGGACACCACAGCCAUCUCUGAGGGGCAAGUGACAAUACGCACCACAACAGGCAGUAGCCCAACAGAAACCAAAACCUCUACCGCUACCUGGAGUAUUAGUAAUCUCUUGUCUAGAACCAGUGCAUCGACCACUGGAAUUUCCUCCACCACCUUCUGGGGGCUGGCAAAGAGAACUUCCACGGCACCAAGGCCCUCAGCAUCCUCCGAGGCCAGGGCAAAUCCAACCAUCCAGGUCCAUCACUGUGUGGUUGUGGAGCCAGCCCCAGCGGUGCCCCCUGCCACCUCCCCCAGCCUGACAACAGCUAUGAUCCCAGAGGUGCCCAGUUCCAGUCCCUCAGCACUGCCUCCUGGCUGGCCAGACCUUCACGCCAAGGGAGAGUACCCCCCAGACUUGUUCAGCAUAGAGCAGCGGCAACAGGGCUGGGUGGCCCUGCACAUCUUUGGCAUGAUGUACGUGUUUGUGGCCUUGGCCAUCGUGUGCGAUGAGUACUUUGUCCCAGCCCUGGGUGUCAUCACAGAUAAACUACAGAUCUCUGAUGAUGUGGCGGGUGCCACCUUCAUGGCUGCUGGAGGCUCUGCCCCUGAACUCUUUACCUCCCUCAUUGGCGUCUUCAUCUCCCACAGCAACGUGGGCAUUGGUACCAUCGUGGGCUCUGCUGUGUUCAACAUCCUCUUUGUCAUUGGCACUUGUGCCCUCUUCUCCCAGGAGAUCCUCAAUCUCACAUGGUGGCCCUUAUUCCGUGAUGUCUCUUUCUACAUCCUUGACCUGAUAAUGCUCAUUAUCUUCUUCCUGGACAGCCUCAUUGCCUGGUGGGAAAGCCUGCUGCUGCUGCUGGGCUAUGCUUUCUAUGUGUUCACCAUGAAGUGGAAUAAGGAGGUCGAGGUCUGGGUGAAGGAGCAGCUCAGCAGGAGGCCAGUGGCCAAGGUCAUGGCCCUAGGGGACCUCAGCAAGCUCCCAGCAGUGCUCCCAGCAGUGCUGACCCGAGAGAGGAGCUUGGCCUCUCUGCACAACAGUACCAUCCGCAGCCCCAUCUUCCAGCUCAUGCUCCACAGCCUGGACCCUCUGGGAGAAGCCCGCCACUCCACGGAGAAGGAGGAGGAGAGCUUGAGUAAGCAGGCCAAAGCCAAGCCUCAUGCUAAAGCACAGAACAAACCAGAAGAGGAGGAGCCAGCCCAGCUUCCUGAGGCCACCGUCACACCAGCCCCUGCUCCAGAAGUGAAGGGAGAUCAGGAGGAGGAUCCCGGUGGUCAGGAAGGAGAGGUGGCUGAGGCCGAGAGCACAGGUGAAGUGACAGGUAAAGAGGCUGAAGCUCCUGGUAGAGGUGAAAAUGGACAACAAGGUGGAGGUGAAACUCAACUGGAAGGUGAAGGUGAAAUUGAAGCAGAAGGAGAAGGUGAACAUGAAGGUGAAAUCGAAGAAGGAAAAUGCAUCAAUGAAUGUGAUCCUGGAGGUGAACUCCAGGCAGAAGGAAAAGCAACUGAUGAUGGUGGAGGUGAACUCCAGGCAGAAGAUGGUGACAUGAAAGCUGAUGAGGGUGAAAAUGAGGAGCAGGAACUCAAUGCUGAACGUAAAAGUGAAGCCAAAAGUGAUGAGAAAGAUAGAGUUGCUGAAGGGGGAGGAGAAGGACAUGGAAGUGAAGAUGAAAAGGAGGAAGAGGAGGAGGAAGAGGAGGAGGAAGAGGAGGAGGAGGAGGAAGAGGAGGAGGAAGAGGAGGAAGAGGAGGAGGAAGAGGAGGAGGCAAAUGAGGAGCCUUUGUCUCUGGAGUGGCCUGAGACGAGGAAGAAGCAGGCCAUUUACCUGUUCCUCCUGCCCAUUGUGUUCCCACUGUGGCUGACAGUGCCCGAUGUCCGGAGGCUGGAGUCUAAGAAGUUUUUUGUUCUUACCUUCCUGGGAUCUGUCGUAUGGAUUGCCAUGUUCUCAUACCUCAUGGUAUGGUGGGCUCACCAGGUUGGUGAAACAGUAGGGAUUUCUGAAGAGAUCAUGGGUUUGACGAUCCUAGCAGCAGGCACGUCCAUUCCUGACCUCAUCACCAGUGUGAUUGUCGCUCGGAAAGGCCUGGGAGACAUGGCUGUGUCAAGCUCUGUGGGCAGUAACAUAUUUGAUAUCACCGUGGGCCUGCCUGCCCCUUGGUUGCUCUUCUCUCUCAUCAAUGGAUUACAGCCUGUUCCAGUCAGCAGCAAUGGCUUGUUUUGUGCAAUUGUUUUGCUUUUUCUCAUGCUCUUGUUUGUGAUCUCUUCAAUUGCCUCAUGCAAAUGGAGAAUGAACAAGAUCCUGGGCUUCACAAUGUUCCUCCUUUACUUUGUAUUCCUGAUAAUCAGCGUGAUGUUAGAAGAUCGAAUCAUUUCCUGCCCUGUAUCUGUCUGAGUCAGAGUCACUGUUGCUCACAAUGGACAUGGAUCAGAAAAACCAUGCCAGAAGCUACUCUACUCUUGUUACAUUAAUGAAAGAAUGAAC